UGAGCUUUGAGCUACACCACAACACAUCCAUCUGAUAGACAUGACGCACUCCAAGCAUACCUCAUCAACUGUCCAAGCUCUUUACCAAGUCUUCGUCCUCCCAGCUCUCUCGAAACCAGCCGCACGGCAAGCCCUCCUCCACUACCCACGCCAUCAACCGUACUCUCGAUCACCCACCCAACAAUUCUCCACCUCCACCCGCCGUCUAGCAAAAACACGCGCCGCAGAAGAACGCUCCCAAAAAUGGAACGAAGAAAUCACCGCCAAAAUGAUCCAACUCAUCGACCCAGAAACGAAUAAACUCCUCGAACCCAUGACGCGUUUCGACGUGCUCAAAACCCUCGAUACCAAAACCCAUCGUCUCGUCCAACUCGUUCCCGACGAACCCAGGAAUCCAGAUUUCAUUCCCAAAUGUAAAAUCCUGAAUAAGAAAGACAUGUACGAAUCAGAAAAGAAAGCGAAAGAACUUGCGAAAGAGAAGAAGAGGGUACAGAAAGUUGUGAGUGGAGAAGGGUUAAAGACUUUGGAAAUUAAUUGGGCGAUUGAUCAGAAGAAUGAUUUGAUGCAUAGAUUGGAGAAAUUGAAAGGGUUUUUGGCGGAGGGGAGGAGAGUGGAGGUUGUUUGUGCGGCGAAGAAGAGGGGGAGGAAGGCGAGUAGGGAGGAGUGUGAGGGGGUGGUGGAGAAGAUUUUGGCGGCGGUGGAGAGUGUGGAGGGGGCGAGGCAGAGGGAGGAGAUGAAAGGGAAGUUGGGAGGAUUUUGUCAGUGGACUUUUCAGGGGAGGCCUUUGACGAAUGCGGCUGCGAAUGCGACUGCGACUGCGACUGGGGUUGGGAAAGAGGUGGGUGGCGGGAAUGGGAAGGGAGAGGAGGUUGCGGUGGAGGUUGAGAAGACUUGAAGUGAAUAUGAUGAGAGGAAUGGAAGAUGACAGAGGGAUCGACAGACUGGGGAGGGACAGUGCCUUGUGUGCAAGAUCGGUUUCGAUCAUUCGAACGAGUGCUGUCGCGAAGCAGGACACUCAGGGCAUGACUAGAUGUGUGGCUACCUGGGGUCGCUUCUGCGCUGUGCACCAGAAAGAAUGUCUGUUGCGUCAGACAGCCCAACGCCACAGCAUAGUGGACGGGAUUC